GGAGCCUGACACAAUCCCUGUCACUGACUGGCCUGGAACGGAAUCCCUUUGGACCAGACGGACAGACAGGUGAAGAAUCGAGAUGGGUCUUCUUGCCUGCUUCACCACUGGACUCUUGGGUUGCCUGCUGGCUGGACCCCUCAUGGGCGGAGUCCAUGCUGAAGAGUGCCCCCUCAACUGGCUUGCCUACAGAAGCCACUGCUACGGCUACUUUGCCCAGGAGCUGACCUGGCAACAGGCAGAGACGCAAUGCCGGAGCAGCGGAGGGCACCUGGCCUCCAUCCUGGACGUCAGAGAGCACCAGGCCAUCGCCCAGUACCUGCAGCGUGCACAGAGGUGGGAUGACGAGGACGUCUGGUUUGGGCUCUCCUUCCGUGGCCAGAGCCGUGAGUGGAGCUGGGCUGAUGACAGCCCUGUGCGAUACACCGCCUGGGAAAAGUACAAGUCCUCCCUCGGCCUGGAGGGCGAGCACUGUGCCGCCCUCGAAGAGUCUUCAGGUUUCAUGCUGUGGGAUAACGACUCCUGCUAUGACAAGAACCCUUUUGUCUGCAAGGUGUAGGCCCUUGGGGGGCACGGCAGGUGCCUCAGCGGCGGCAGCGGCAACACUCCCUGGACGGGAGCCUGGAGAGCCAGGGCCACCUCUCCACACCUGCUCUCCCCCCUCCUUCUCCUCAGCCCCCCCCCACCUUCCUCUCUGUUCACCCUAACCCAUCCCCAGCACAGGCAAGAGAAAAUAAAUGUUUCCUGAGCACA